UUUCUAACUAUAUAUUUGAAGAUGAAGUGCAUUCAGCGUAUCUUUAAAGACAUCAAAUUGCACCGACUGUUUCUGGAUCUGUCUCUUUUGUCAGCGAAGAUAAGCCUGGCGAUGAUAAUCGCAACUUUCAGAAUGAUUGUACCACGUUCCAUGAAACGUUUACUAGGAGAAACCGUUCUCAUCACUGGAGCUGGUCACGGUAUCGGUCGCGAAUUAGCUGUCCAAUUAUCCUCGAUGGGUUGUAUAAUUGUUUGUUGGGACAAUGAUGUCGACAAUAAUCGAUUAACGAUGAGAGAAGUGUCGAAAAAUGGCGGAGAAGUUUAUGGUUUCGUGGUUGACGUCUCAAAGAGAUUGGAAGUGCGAGAGACGGUAAGACUGAUGAGAAAAAUCGGUGUGCCGGAUGUGACAAUACUCAUUAAUAAUGCGGCAGUGUUAUAUCAUAAGCCAUAUCUGAGUUUUGAUCCGGAUGACGUGGAGAAAACGUUCAACGUUAAUGUGUUUUCAAACUUCUGGACAAUAGAGGCAUUUUUACCUCUGAUGCUCCAAAAAGGUAGCGGUCACAUAGUAGCAAUAAGUAGCAUGUGCGGAAUCUACGGGGUGUCACAAAAAGUUGCAUAUUGCUCCUCGAAAUUUGCCGUGAGAGGCCUUAUGGAGGCCCUGCACGAGGAAGUGCGAUUAGACGAAAGAAAAUCCAACAUUCAUUUCACGACGAUAUAUCCGUUUUACGUAGACACCGGAUUAGCGAAGGAUCCCAAAUAUAGAUUUCCUUACAUUUUCGGUGUUGUGACGCCAGAAUACGCUGCCCGAGAGAUAAUUAAAGCGAUUCAAAGAAAUUAUACAGAAUAUUCAAUACCGCGGUGUCUUCUUUCUUUGAAUGCGAUCAACAGAAUGGUUCCGGAGAACGUAAUGCGAUUGAUACUAGAUUUCUUGGCGGAUAUCAAUCGAAAACGGAGAGAAAAGGAUGUAAUGAAUUUGUAAUUAGAUGUAGAAUAAGCUUAGCAUAACAGAAUCAUACGCACAGUAAAGAGAUACUUACAUUUAUUUAUUAGAUAUAAAUUUUACAUUUUAA